AUUGCAACCCUGUGUAUACUUCAAAAAUUAUUGCGGUGCCAGGCUAUUUUAAUUGUAGCAUAGCAAAACUGUGAGUGUUGUUAUUUUGAUAACGCUACGAUUUAUCAUUUAACAAAUUAAUAAGUUAUUAUAUUGAAAAAUGGCAUCCAAUCAAUGGGAGCUUGUUACAAAAACUAAAAAGCAACGAAAUUUAGAACGAAAGCUAGAGGCGCACAAUGAGAAAAAACGUUUAGCAGCUGUCGGACCAAGACUGGAAGAAAUUUUACCAGCAUAUCAGUAUCAAAACUUAUUGGCGGGAAGAAGUAUUACAGGCGAAAAGGAACGCAUUACUUCGUUAAAAUCGGCGUCAACAGGUACAAAAAGGAAAUCAAAAUCGCCGGUAAAAAAAAAUUCCAAAGAAUAUGAAACUAAAAGUAUGAAACAGCAAAACGUUAAUCAAACACCCAAACCAGCAGCUAAAAGUAAAGGACUGGAGGCCACUAUACGCGAAAUAACAGUAGAAAAAUUUAUAACACAGUUAGAACAAUUAAAGACCACAUAUGUCGCUUCGGAGCUGCUGUGGUUAAAAGGCGUUGCGAGCUUUUUUAAUUCGAAUUUAGUAUUCGAUUGCGAUCCAGUAUUUUCAGGAAAAUCAGCACAGUACCCAAGCAAUUUAUUACCGUUGCCGUUGAAACAAGCAUUAUUGCAGUUUCUACAAACUGUCGCCUUCGUUAAUUUGCAGUAUUUCUUCAGCAGUACGCUGACACAGAUGACAAUGGAUUUAAGUAAAAAUAUGCCAGUUGUUGGUUACAAAUUAAUUCUGCAAAUAGUUGGACAAAAUUGGCCAAGUGUUUGCUCAGAAAAUAUGGCUACAACGGCUAUGCUGCGAAACUCGUAUCAGAAUCGCAGUAAUAUAUGCUUAAGUAUCCUUUGGGCUGUUGGACAAUGCGGCUAUAUAAGUCUUAUGGAGGGUUUAAAAGUGUGGCAAAAUUUAAUGGUUCCUGUUUUAGAGUUUAAAAGCUACAGUAGAUUCGUGUCCGAGUAUAUAGAGAAGGUGUUACACGUAGCCGAUGAUCAAAGUUUGAAACUAAACCAAAACCAAUUUUUUCAAACCUUUAAAAUAUUGAAAACUUCGUCAAAUGGUCUACCUAGAGAAUGUCAAGAAGCACUGAUGCGUAGUGCGGAUGCAAUACUUCAAAAGUUUAUAGCAACAUCUAUGAAACAAUCCAAUAUAUUCCUGACGCUCUUACGUGAUCUGCACGAUGAAAAAAAGAAUCUCAUAGAAAUCAAAGGGUGCAUUAGUUGCUUAAAUAAAGGCAAUGACAGCUUCAGGGUAUGGAAAAUGAAUUAUAAAAAACAACUCCUACCAACAUUAAUUCUCUUGAGAAGUAUAAGUAAAAACUUUGAUGGCAUUGCAGCACCUUUAGAAAAAUCCGAAGCAUUCCAUGAAUUUUUAACACAAGUUCAAAUUUUAAGCAACGAAUUACGUGAUCCCAACAUGGAUAUCAUCAUGAACAUAAUACAGAGUACCCAAGAUAGAACCUCAAACAAGCGUAAACAAAAUGCAGAAGCGAAAAAGAAAUGCGGCUGCUGCAAAUGGGUUCUCGGUAGUGUAUUAUUGGUGGCCAUCAUCGGUGCUGCACUCACCUACGACACCAAUGUCAAUGGCAAAGGCGUGUUUGCUAAGUCUGCUACAGGGAAAUUUUUGAAAGAUGCCGGCUUAUUGCCGCAUGUGGAAAAGGCCUGGUACGUAACAAUGGGCACCUUAGCCCGCGCUUAUAAAUGGUCUGAAGAGCGUGUUCCAGGUAUAGCCAAGCCCGCUAUCAAGUUAUUGUGUGAUCUUACCAAAAUGUUGCGUAACGCUGCAUGCAAUAUAUUUACGACACUUCAAAACGUCAUCUCAUCGAAGCUGCCAGUAGCUGCUAAAUUUUUGGAACAAUACGUGCCCGGUUUGCCCCAAAAAAUUGAAAACAUCUCAGUGGCUGUGAAAAAUAUCGUCGUGGAUGUCUUUGGCAAGACUAUCAUGUUCUUUAAAGAAAAAGUUCUAGUCGGUUCGCUUUCACCUGAAAACCUAAGCAAAGCACUGAACCACACUCAGAACGUUGCGCUAGAGUACUAUAAUGUGUUCCACAAAAAGGUGGACACAUACGCGAAACUUAAAUGAUUCUGAAAACUUUACCCCGAACAACAGAACAACUAAACAAAUUACCUAAAUCUUAAUAUUUGUACCAAACAAAACUAAUUUAAACACAAAAACAACAAAAAAAGAUUAUUGUGUGAGGGCAGUUUUUUUUAUGUUUAUUUAGAAAAAUUUAAAAGAGAGCUCUCCGCCGGAUUGUAAAAACUAAGUAGCAAAAUAAUAAUUAUUUGGGAAAUAAUAGUUUUAAAUUCUUAGAAGCAUUGACAAGAGAAACCUCUUAUGAAAUUGUAUAAAUAAGUUAUUUAGCAAUCAAU